GUUUCUUCAAAUCGUUCAACGCCGAGCGAAGGAAAGAAGAUCGAAUUGAAAUUCUGCUCAAGGGAAGAAAUGACAAAGAAGUUCGGAAUGCUAAACUUUUUUAGACGGCAUCCCAAGAAGAACGGUAUUUCAGAGGUUCCCAAUUUCAAGGAUAAUCUACUAGCAUUCCACUUUGUGAAUGCAGGGAAACAGCUGAUCACCCGAGAAGACCGGCUGUUUGAGUUGAGGCAGGAUGGGAUUGGAUCCAAAAUGAAGCUGGUGGAGGAAGAGGAAGAUUCAGAGGCUAGACUAGCCAAAGACUACGAGGACUGGAUGAAGUCGGUGAUGCAGACACUGGAAAACUCCCUGGACCUCCAAAAACCCGAGGAGCAGGAGCUACUCAAAGAAGCAGUUCAAGCCAUCCUGCAGGAGGAGAAGCAGGACAUGCGCUGGGCAGGCUUUGAAGAAAAGCAGCGACCACCGUGGAGACCGAGGAGGUGUAAACAGAACCACGAGGCUCUGCUGGAGCGGCUCGUUCAGAGGAGGAUGGAAGAAGCCCAGUCAGACUCGGGUGAUGAGAUACAUUCUUCCUUGCAGCAGCUGAUCAUUUGCCAAGCGAAACGACUGCAAGAAGACUUGCUGACAGUUGUGACACGGGUGAGCAGCUGCUACCCAGAACAGGAGAAUGUGUGCCAGUUUUAUGCCACACUCUACCAUAAGACCCUCAGUGAAAGACUGAGAGAAGUGGCGGAGUACACACUGUGUGAUGAGGACUGCGUCCUUUUACUGCAGUGGGUGAACCAGGAUUACCCCAAUAUUCUAAAUGGCAAGAAGAUAAAAGAUGUGAUUGAUCACACAAAGCUUGAUCUGCUGCUCCCUGAAGAUAUGAUUGCAACCCUGGAAGAGCAGUUUUUGACCACAGAGGAGAGGGAGGUGAACAAAUGCCUUCACAAAAUUCUGGAGAGAGAAGAAACGGCCUGGAAGGAAGGAGAACUUCCCCAACUGAGAGACAAGGUGUACUGCUGCGAUCAGGCCAUUGAUGUCAUCCAGUGCUUUCAUAAACAUGUAGAGUGCGCUCAGAAGCUGCUAGGCAAUGAGGCAAAAGCACAGAGGAUCACGUGCCAGAUGAAACAUUUUCUGACAGAUUACAAAACAUUUAAUGAGAAGGUCAUGAGGACUAAGCAGACAAACACUGAGGCCGUUUUGAUGGUCAACCUCUCGUGCCUCAUACAGUGCAGGGACUACAUUACGAAGAAUGCACAUCUGUUCCCUGAAGAUGUCAAAACUGAUUGUCUCUCUUUACUGGAGACCAUGACAAAAAGCAGCCAUAGUUACUUUACUUCUAAUAUGCUUAAGGAACUUAAGGACUUGUACAGGAAGGUGGGCUCCAGCGAGUGGCUCAAGGACAGUGAAUGUGUGUGUGAAGAGCUGCUGGAAAAGCUGGACAGACAUACUCAGAAAUUCAACGGCUGGGACAAAAUGUGUCGCCAGGAGCUACUGGGUGGGAUGCAUAAGGAGUUUUUAGCAGAAUAUGUGCGGAAAAUGAUGAAGCAAAAGAUCAAACUUUCAAAUAAAACACAGCAACAGAUGGCAGCAUCAUCACUCUGCAUAAACAGCGAAUGCAUACAUACAUACUUCACUGCAGCCGGAUCAAAUUUGGACUGGUUGAAAGACAUUCUUCCAAAUUUAGCGAGUCUGCUGAAACUACAGGAUCCAGACAGUAUAAAGUUAGAGUUGGUAACUCUGAUGAAGCUUUACCCUGAUCUCAGUGAGCGUCAUAUUUCUGCCUGGCUAAAACUAAAAGGAAAUCUUUCUCCAUCGGACCUCAAGAUGAUCCUGAAGAGUGUGACUUGCAGCCAGUAUCAGUUCAGUGAAACGCAGGACUCUAGCAGGAGCUUCUUUUCCAUAGUGAGGAUAAGAUAAUUUUUUUUUUUCUUGAAAACAUUGCUUGUGUAUAUUUGCCUGUUUGCAAUGAAUUUGUACAUGCUAAAAUUAUUUGUGAAUAAAACAGCAUUUUUACUUUU